ACACCCUACCUACCCUGGCGUGUGGGCGAGAAAGCAGUAUCCACGUGAAGAAUAGCUACCAGGAUCCAUAGCCAUUUAUUUCCAUGCAUCGUGGUGGCUCAAGCUUCAGGCGUCUGCACGCGGACAACAAACGGCGAAAUCAUCUCUCCGUUUUCGCCUAUUCUAGACCACUCGUACAUUAGUGUGCUUCUUGCAGGUUAUUGCGUCUACGAAGUACGUCUCGUUUUCUGAAAGCCCACUCAGAGACUACUACGUACAUCCCGGUGAACUAGCGAGACUAGCAAGGGUGACAAGGGGGGCGGGAGGCGCCGCUCGCGGAAAGUUGCAGCCCUCUUCAACGUCGCGAUGUGGGGACCAGGAUUCCCAUCCGGACCCAUCGUGAUUAUCUGCAUUAUCCAUUUUUCUGUGACCGGGCAGUACUGACCGGGGGCACAGCUCAGUAUGAAAACCACCCACCUCGCACAGUAUCUGUCAUCCAGACGUUCGACAAUGUAGUGUAGAGUCAAGGCGUCGAAUGAUCCUGAUGUGCUGUUGUCGUGAUACGAUGAUCGUAAUACCUGAUACCGAAGAUAACACUAGUGUACUAGUAGAGUCAUGGCCUCGAGAUUCCAGGGCGCCUCCCUAAGGUCCUUGAUGAGUCGCCUCUCUUCAGAUUUCGGUGGUUUUAGCUAUGUCUUCAGAGCUCGAAAGCAAAGCAUCGUUUGAGGCUACGGUCUGUGGCUUCUUAUGCCGUCAAUUUACAAGACCCAAGCCAAUACCAGCGACGACAAAACUAACUAAUCAAGUUGCUAUUGUUACUGGAAGUAAUGUCGGACUUGGGUUAGAGGCAUGUCGCCAGCUGCUCAAGCUCGGCCUCUCUCGCUUGAUCAUGGCUGUUCGCUCGCAGACGAGGGGCGAAGUGGCUGCGCAAGACCUUCGCAAAGCUUUUCCAGCUGCCAUUAUAUCUGUCUGGACUGUGGACUUCGAGUCGUAUGAGUCUAUUUGCGCCUUUGCCGAUCGGUGCAAGACCUUACCUCGGCUCGAUAUCGCCAUCCUCAACGCGGGUAUCAUGAAGUCCCCCUUCACAAUCGUACCUAGUACGAAGCAUGAAACAAUGUGCCAGGUGAACUACCUCUCAACUGUGCUCUUAGGGCUCCUUCUCCUGCCCAUUCUCAAACAGAAAGGGAGGACCGGCGGCAAUUCAAGACCCCCUGUGCUCACCUUUGUAGGAUCUGAUAGGGCCUAUGAGGUGACUGUUGAAAAGAAGGGCCCUGUGAUACAGCAGCUGGAUAGACCGGAACACUUCACUCAGUUCGAAUGGUAUGGGAAGACGAAAUUACUGCUCAUACUUUUCGUGUCAACGCUUGCGGAGCUCGUCGACCCUGAUGAUGUCUUGGUGAACAUGGCAAACCCAGGAAUGACCAAGGGCACAGAUUUCUUCCGUGGUAUACCCUCCAUUUUCAUGCCUAUUAUACGCUUCGGACAGUUCCUUCUUGCACGACCGGUCGCGGUCGCUGCUAGUAUAUACGUUGAUGCUGUUACGGCUCGAGGCAAUGAGAGCCACGGUUCAUUCUUAAGUGACUGGACGAUUAAACCGUACCCCUCCUUAUGCUAUACACAGGAAGGAUAUCAUAUAAGAGAGCGACUGUGGGAAGAAACUUUGGCCGAGUUGAACUUUGCUGGCGUUUCAAAAAUCAUAAGAAAAGUUCCGGGGGAUAGGCAACGCUAGAUAGCUGUUGCGAGUUGACUUUCAGCCUGAUAGGAUCUACA